AUGGUUCAUUUAGGUCCAAAACCACCUCAACAUAGAAAGGGUACAUUUACAGACGUCUCACCAGAAUUAUUAAAAAAAUUAGCUGUUUUAGAAAAAGAAUUCACAGUUGAUGGUGCAACAUUAAGAAAAAUUGUUGAUCAUUUCAUUACAGAAUUAGAUAAGGGUUUAAGUAAAACUGGUGGAAAUAUUCCAAUGAUACCUGGUUGGGUAAUGGAAUAUCCAACAGGUGAAGAAACAGGUGAUUACUUAGCUAUUGAUUUAGGUGGAACUAAUUUAAGAGUUGUAUUAGUUAAAUUAUUAGGUGGAAGAAAAUUCGAUACAACUCAAUCUAAAUUUGCCUUACCUGAACAUAUGAGAUUAGCUAAAAGCGAGGAAUUAUGGGCUUUUAUUGCAGAGUGUUUGAAAAAAUUUGUUGAAGAAGUAUUUCCUGAAGGAUGUAAAGAAGUAUUACCUUUAGGUUUUACCUUUAGUUAUCCAGCCAGUCAAGAUAGAAUAAAUGAAGGUGUGUUACAAAGAUGGACCAAAGGGUGGGCAAUCGAAGGUGUUGAAGGUAAAGACGUUGUACCAAUGUUACAAGAGGCAAUCAAGAAGGUGGAUGUACCAAUUGAAGUUGUAGCUUUGAUUAAUGACACUACCGGUACAUUAGUCGCAUCUCGAUAUACAGAUCCAGAAGCUAAAUUAGGGUUAAUUUUUGGAACAGGGGUCAACGGUGCUUAUUAUGAUAUUGUCAAAGAUAUUCCAAAAUUAGAAGGUAAGUUAGAGGAUGAUAUACCAAUAGAAUCACCAAUGACUAUAAAUUGUGAAUAUGGAGCCUUUGACAAUGAAUUAGUCGUUUUACCAAGAACAAAAUAUGAUAUUCAAAUAGACGAAGAAUCCCCAAGACCAGGUCAGCAAUCAUUUGAAAAAAUGAACUCCGGUUACUAUUUAGGCGAAAUCUUAAGAAUUGUAUUAUUAGAUUUAGCUGAAAAUGAAAAAAUCAUAUUUAAAGAUCAAGAUUUAUCAAAAUUAAAAAAGCCAUAUAUUUUAGAUACGUCUUUCCCAGCUAGGAUUGAAGAAGAUCCAUUUGAAAAUUUAUCGGAUGUUGCAGAACUAUUUCAAGAUGUUUUGGGAAUUCAAACAACUAUUCCAGAAAGAAAAGUUAUCCGCCGUAUAGCUGAAUUAAUCGGUGAAAGAUCUGCAAGAUUAUCUGUUUGUGGAAUCGCAGCAAUUUGUAAAAAGAGAGGUUAUAAAACCGCUCAUUGUGCUGCCGAUGGUUCAGUUUAUGAAAAAUAUCCUGAUUUUAAAAUUAGAGCAGCUAAAAGUUUAAGAGAUAUUUUUGAAUGGCCAGAUGAUUUAAAAGAAGAUCCGAUCGUUAUUGUACCUGCCGAAGAUGGUUCGGGGGUUGGAGCUGCUGUUAUUGCUGCUUUGACUGAAAAGAGAUUGAAAGAAGGUAAAUCAGUUGGUUUAAAAGCAUAA